AUGAAGCCAUUCGUUCGCCCCGAUGGUACGCCGCUGGUGAGCAACGACCCCAUCGUUCUCUUUGGCCUCGAUCCCCUACAGCCAGCUACCGAACACUGGGUCUAUCUCCUCAAGAAUGGAUUUAAGGCAUUUACCUGGUCCACUGUCCAAGUCUCACCUGUCCCAUGUGCAGCAUCGGCGCUACAGUUUUUCGAUGAAAGGGUUGAUAAGAUAUUCCUGCAUUUCGAUAUCGAUGUCAUUGAUUCAGGGUUUGAGCGGGCGAUGGAAUGUUUAGGGGCGUUUUUGGGGAGUGAGAAGGUGGUGGGGAUGGUGGGCAUGGAGGUCAAUCCAAACAAUGAUCCAGAGGGAAGGAUGUCGAGAAUGUUCGCAGAUGGCAUUGUUAAAGUAUUCGAAGGGAGACAUUAUACUUAG